AUGGCCAAGGUGGAACAACCGUUGUUUAUAUUGCCAAAGAAACGAAAUGGGAGGAAACAAAAUCCAAUAGCCAGUCACGUUGAUCACAUCAUCACUGUUCAGGGUGCUGUAGAGUCAGAAUUACCUGCAAAGUAUAAAAACGGUCUGUCACCAGUGUCUGAACAUGUCGCCAAUGGGAUAAUACACUCAACAAUGGAUGGUCUAAAAUCAAAUAUGAAAAUUAAUUUACCAAUAAUUACUGAUGUUAAUGAUGAAGAAAAUAUUGAAGGAUGCACUGAAGUAAAAGCACCUCCACAGAAAAAUGGCUAUCAGCCCAUAUCUCUCAAUAAUAGCAGAGAGAUUAUUGAUCUUUCACCAAUUUAUGAAAACUCUUCAGAUGCCUGUUCCAGCCAAGGAGACUUAAGAGAUGAAAGUGAGAUGCAAAAAAGUUGCCGCAUGUUAAAUUCUGACAACAAUGAGAGUGCCUGCCCGACUCCAAAUAGUCUCUCUCAAACUCACUCUGAAAUCAGCUUUGAAAUGGGACCAAUGACUGAUAGCCUGAAAAAUAGUGCUAAAAGGAAGAAGCGUGUCAACAUUAUAUCAGGCAUCACUGAAUCUGAAAAUACAGAAACUGAAGUCACUGCAUUGAGAGUUGAUUCAGAAGCAUCACUGACUACUGACUGCUCAUUAUCAGAAAGCAAGGACUGCUACCUCACUAUGACAGGAACUAUCAAGCGGGGUAAGAAGAAAGGACAAAACGUCGAUGUGAAACUAAACAUCUCAAGAGAAGAGCUAGAAAUAAUUGAAGCAUCAAUUGUCGCAGAUGAAUUGAGUAAAAUGGAUGUCUCAAAGUGCUCACUGUAUAAUGGUCCACACAUUUUCUUAUUUAGCCUUUUGUGCGUGCCGUUUGUAGUCUGCAUAUCAGCAGGCUACUCCUUCUACAUGGGAACACUGGCAUGGUACAAUAUCUUUUCACACAUUACAGAUGAGUAUACAUGUCUCAAAAAGAUGGUUUUUGCCCCCAUUGUGAUUUUGGCAUAUCCAUUUCUGAUUGUUGUUUUUACAAUUGGUUUAGGACUAUACGCGGGUAUAGUACAAUUGACAUUUAGUGGAGCAAAUUGGUGGAAGGAUGUGUGUGAUUUUGAGAAAGGUUUUUAUGGUUGGCUUUGCAAUGUACUGGGUAUGUCAGAGUGUAGUCCUUACGAAGUUGUUAUUCUAAUGGAUGUUAAACCAUAA